CUCCCCAGAAAGUGGACAUAGAGGAAGACCCCUUAGCUCUCGGGAAGCCCACCCGAACACCAAGGAAAACCAUGCUCUCAUACAGAGAACCAGGUGGUGGUGAUGAAGACAUCACAUUGUCUAAGGAAACUCCAGAGAAGAAGCUAGACUGUGUAGAAAAUCUAGCCGGAAGCAAGAGGUGGAAAAGAAGAGGGAAAGAAAAGGCCCAAUUCCUAGAGGACAUGGUCGGUUUUAAAGAGCUCUUCCAAACCUCAGAGCACACCAAGGAACCAACAGCUGUUGUCAAAACUGCAAUAAUGCCUGGCAGAUCUCCACUAGCAGAAACAGUCAACACACCAACCCACAUGAAGAGAUGUCUGAAGAUACCUCUGGGCAAGGUAGACGUAGAGAAGGAACUCUCACCUCUCACAGAUCCCAUCCAAAUGCCAGGGGAAGCCACACACACACAGAGAGAACCAGGAGGUGAUGAUGCAGCCAUCAGAUUGUUCAAGAAAACCCCAAAGCAGAAAUUGGAUUCUGCAGAAAAUGUAACUGGAAGCAAGAGGCGGUCAAGAACACCCAAGAAAUUGGUCCAUUCCCUAGAAGACCUGGUUGGUCUCAAAGAGCUGUUCCAAACCCCAGAGCAUACGCCGGACCCAGUGACUGAUGACAAAACCACAACAGUCCCCUGCAAAUCUCCAGCAGCAGAUCCAGUCAACAAGCCAACAAGUAGAAGGAGGCGACUCAAGACCUCUCCCCAGCAAGCGAACAUAAAGGAAGAGCCCUCAGCUCUCAGGAAGUCCACCCGAACACGGGGAGGAAACGCACACUCAUACAGAGAAUCAGGAAGUGCUGAUGAAGAUAUCAAAUUGUUGAAUAAAACUGCAAAGCAGGCACUGGACUCUGCAGAAAAUGUAACUGGAAGCAAGAGGCAGUCAAGAAUACCCAAGAAAAAUGUCCAGUCCUUAGAAGACCUGGCUGGCCUCAGAGAGCUCUUCCAAACCCCAGAGCACACCCAGGACCCAGUGACUGAUGACAAAACCACCAAAGUCCCCUGCAAAUCUCCACUAGCAGAUCCAGUCAACAAGCCAACAAGUAGAAGGAGGCGACUCAAGACCUCUCCCCAGCAAGCGGACGUAAAGGAAGAGCCCUCCGCUCUCGGGAAGUCCACUCGAAUGCGUGGGGGAAACGCACACUCACACAGAGAACCAGGAGGUGCUGAUGAAGACAUCAAAUUGUUGAAAAAAACUGCAAAGCAGACACUGGGCCCUGCAGAGAAUGUAAUGUUCAGGAAAAAUCGGCUAAGAGCACCUAAGGGAAAGGCCCAGACCCUGGAAGACCUGGCCAGUUUCAAAGAGUCGUCCCCAGUGCGGGACCACAGCAAGGAACCGGGAAAGGCCGCGGGUAGCCCUAAGGACGCUCCAGAGCAAAGUCCAGGCAGGAGGAAACCUGCGAACGUUUUGCAAAGAGGCCUCAGGGCCCGUAGAGUAAGAGCCGUGGAAGACCUGGGGAGCCACAGAGAGCCCGUCGAAUCUGGAAAUGAAGGCGGUGUUUCCCUGCCCUCCAAGAGGAAACGAAGAACGGAGGAAGGUUCAACAGGAGCGAAGAGGCUGCGCUCCGUGACCCCUGCGCAGGGCGCUGCAGAGGAGAAGCCACCCCCGAAGAGGAGGAGGACGGCUCCCACAGAGGGGUGUGACCCACCUGAACCCCUGACAGUGAAGAAGAGGCUGAGGGUCGUGGCAGAAAGGAUGGAACUCCUGGGAGACCGGCCAAGGAGCAGCAGGGAGAUUAAAACAAGGGGAAGAGAAGCAGGAAGGACGACCCCUCCACAUCAGGGAAUGUCCCUGCGCUCUAGACGUCCAAAUAAAACCGAGGUAGCAGAGGAAAGACCCAAGCCUGUUAUAACAGCAGCAGAAAAGCCGAGAACAAAGAGAAGCGACAAGAAGCCCCUGAAGACGUCCCAAGAGACAACGUUACAAAGCCCAGAAGACGGAGCCAAGAAUUCGGCAUGUGGGGGCAAAACCCGUGAAAGCAGAACGUGUCUGAGGUCUGCCAGCCUGGGUCAGAUGCCCUCGCCUGACGUGGCUGAGGAGAAGCAAAGGGAGAAAAGAGUGGGUGUCCGUGGGAAGAAGCAGGAGGAAGAAGUAAGGCAACCUUCAGACCCCAUGCGUUUGAGAUCCAGAAAAAUUACAGUCCCUCCUGGAGGAAAUGCUUCAGAGAGCGAACCCCAACAGAGGGUAACUCGGAGCGCCAAGAGAUGUGCCGAAAAUAUAAAAAAGGAUAAUGACAACGUGGGCAUCAAGAAAUUAAGAACCAGAAGUCGUCGGGACAAUGAAGAUAUUUAGCUAAGAAGUUGAAAAGGGGAGAAAGAAAAAAAAAAGUAAUAAGUUCAGUUUAGUGAUAUAUUCUAGUACAAUAUUUGGGUGAAUAUAAAAGGGAAUUUUGUAAAUAAUGCUAUCUGGCUGUUUAAGGAAAGAAAGCUUAGAAUUUUCUGUCUCCAAGUGGUCUAUUCACAAAGGCCACGUGGAGGUCAUGAAGAGGACUGCUGGUCUCAUUAAGUAAUAAAAAUGUGAAAUUUGGCUUGGGGACGGGUGGGGGGCGGGGGUUGGGACCAAGUAUGGCCUUUAACGUGGCCAAAUGAAGCCGUGACGUUUGUCACCCCUGCCCGUGCUUUUCAGUCCCAUGUGCGUGCACUUCCCCACGCUGCACUGUAAAUGCUUUGUGUGAGUCUGGGUCCCACGGCAGAAUGUGAACGCAGGGACUUCUGUCCCUAGGUCCCCACACUGGGCGGGCACUCAGGAAACAUGAAUGAAUGGGCAGAUGAACAAA